CGACAGGUCCUUAUCUUGUCAAUUUGAGUGAAUGAAAAAAAGUCUGUUUGGGCCAUCGAACGUGUGCGGACGUGUAUUAACGGAAAUAUUUUUGAAUCCGCCGAUUGCAUCACAAUCGGCAAUUAUCUGUGUUUAGUUACAACCUCAAUUUUGUUUACACAUUAAGACUGUAUUGUAUUUCACACCUAGGCUUGGGAUUAUGGUCGUAUCGUCCCCGCGUUACGGUAGAGGGACGAAUACCAACAUUGAACUGAACUGAACUGAACUAAGUGAAUGAAAAUAAACAUUGACCCAUUUACACUCAAGAGUACUCAAUAACUUGGAUAUAAGUUUGCAGUAGUAGAUAAAACUUUUAUUAAACUGUAUUUUUUGCAAUAUCUUAUAGUAUAUACGUAUACACAGAAUAAUUGAGCAAGAAAAUCUUAAAUUAUCGCAACAUAAAAAUAUGGCUACCAUGGGCGAGCCUCUCACUUUAGCAAGAGAUGUCAAAAGAUCUAUAGAAUUAUUAGAUAAAUUGCAAAAAGGAGGAGAGGUUCCUACAAUCAAAUUGGCAGCAUUACAAAAAGUAUUGCAAAGUGAUUUUCUCAGUGCAGUACGGGAAGUAUAUGAGCAUGUGUACGAGACUGUUGAUAUUCAGGGUUCACAGGAUGUACGUGCAUCUGCAACGGCAAAAGCAACUGUUGCCGCUUUUGCAGCUAGUGAGGGUCAUGCGCAUCCACGUGUAGUUGAAUUGCCAAAAACAGAAGAAGGACUUGGUUUCAAUGUAAUGGGAGGUAAAGAACAGAAUUCACCAAUUUAUAUAUCUCGUAUAAUUCCUGGCGGUGUUGCUGACAGACAUGGUGGUUUAAAACGUGGAGAUCAACUUUUGUCUGUUAAUGGAGUGUGCGUCGAAGGUGAAAAUCAUGAAAAGGCUGUAGAAUUACUAAAGCAAGCUCAAAAUUCGGUAAAAUUAGUGGUUCGUUACACUCCACGUGUUCUUGAAGAAAUGGAAUUGCGUUUUGAUAAACAAAGGGCUGCUCGUAGACGUCAACAUAUGCAAUAAAUAUCACAAGUGCAAAAUAUUUAAUUUACUAUAAAAAAAAUGCAAAUUUAUAAACUAUGAUCUAUCUAAACAUUUAAACUAUUUAAUCUAAUAAUUAUAAUUUAGCUAGCGUAUAUUCAUUGUAUUCAUGUUCUUGUUCAUCAAUAAAUAUAAUCUGUUAUCUACA